AUGGAUUCCGAUCUCAGAAGUUCGAGUGCGUCAUGGGAGUCUCCCCCUGAGGAUGACCCCAAUGAUAUGCCAGAUAUAAAGCAUUGGUACGCACAUGUAAAUGAGUCAAUAACAGGCGAUAUUAUCUGGAGGGAAGAUCCGCCUGUCGGUUACACGCGCGAACAAUAUCAGCCAGCUGCAAGCGAUGCCGACAAGUGGUCCAUCAUACAUUACCAUCGAGCAGACCUAACUACAGAUCGCAUUGACAUUGUGGACUUCGAAUUAAAGUUGUUUCUCGGCGAUGUUCUAUCUGAUUAUACUGACGUUUCUGUCGAGACCUCUUUGCAGUUGCGCCCUCCUUUCCUCCCGAUUCUACAUUGUUGGGAGAACUUUUUAUCAAUUGAGCGAAUGGUAUAUGGCAGACACGGGGACCCGCUCGUCGGUUAUCUAAAGAAAGUCUUGGCCAAAGAGUUGGAAGGGUCAUUCAAAGCUUUGCGUGAUCUUAAAAACGAUGGAUAUAUCGAAUUCAAAAAUAUCCUAGUUCCGUUGAUACCGGGCGAGGUUAUUCUACGGUCUGACAAUGGCUUUCUAACAGCUGCAAUCCUCGGAGAUGCGCAUGUUGUAACUGAUCCGAUGAGAAAAGAAUAUUGCUCCCUAGAAGUUUGGUUAUUCACUUGGGAUGGGUCCAACUUUGGAUUCAAACAAAGGAAUUGGAGCAUCGAUGCAUUUGAUGGAUCACAUCGACUUGUGGAUCUUGAAGUUUAUCCUCUAAAAUUCCAUCCGAAUCAAGAGGAAAUACAGCGAAUCCUGAUUAAAAGAGGAAGAUCCUUCGAGAGUCUGUGUGGACAGCAUAUCAUGAAAUACGACGGCUAUGUAUAUCCAGAAACAGUAGCAUUGUCGGAGCGAAUCAUCAUCGACGCAAAGGCAUAUUACAAAAUACAGAAGCGGUCAGUUCCGGUAUUGAGAGCGGAUGCAACCGGAAGAUCAGAGAUUCUUUCAACUACCUCAUGUUCUAAUAGGAGCCAACAUCAAGAUGCCCUCACUGAAAAACAGUGCCUUCUGGCUCCGCCAUAUGUUAAGGGCUUUGCUCUUAGCAGAAAAGAAUUCUUCAACUUCUAUGUCGACAACAUCAGCCCUGUUGUGUGGAAUGAUCGUCUCCUUGGAAAUCUCAUCAUAGAGGAGCAGAAUAAAGAAAUGCUGCUUGCUCUUGUCGCACACUCUGCAGAAAUGAGGGGCGGCGUAUUUAGCGACUCCCCGGAAGGGAAAGGAAAAGGAAUGGUAAUACUCCUUGCUGGGCCUCCUGGCGUGGGAAAAACGUUGACAGUUGAGUCAAUUGCGGAAGAACUCAAAAGGCCUUUAUAUAAAAUCAGCCCCGGGGACCUUGGAAUUGUAGCCAAAGACGUGGAACACGCUUUGAAAGUUGCUUUUGCUCGAUGCUCUCACUGGAAUGCAGUGGUGCUCAUCGACGAAGCUGACAUAUUCUUAGAGAGAAGAUCGAGCAAUGAUUUGGCCAGAAACGAGCUAGUUACAAUCUUCCUGGCGAUGUUAGAGAAUUACCAAGGAACGCUGGUCCUUACUACCAAUAGGACGAAAACCAUAGAUUCAGCUUUUCAGUCCCGAAUCGACAUAAUUCUGACUCUGGAAAAUUUAAAUCGAGAUGCUCGACGGAAGAUCUGGUCAAACUUCAUUAGCACACUCCCACCAGACUCUGUGGACCUGAGUUUGAGUGAUGUCGAUAGUCUAUCAAGAUGGUUGAUCAAUGGCAGACAGAUCAAGAGUGCCUUUAAGACUGCUCGAAUCAUUGCUAUCAAGCGACAGAUGCCGCUGAGAUUGAGCCACCUUGAGAUCGUUUUCAACGUACAGAAAAAGGGGUCCAGGUUAAUUGAUAAUCAGGAAGGGCGAUGGGAGGUGGUGAAAGACUAAGCAUCACAUAGUAGUCAAGAUGGAUCUGGUCGGGGGAAAGGGGUUCUUUUGCAGUUCCUGGUACUUCCAUAGCUGCAUUGGCUGCUUUGUAGAGCACAAUUUAAGCUAGGGAUCAUAGUAUGAUGGAGGGAUUAUGUUAGGCUAACCUCCUAAGUUGCUAAGAAUCAGACUGCGGAUAGGAUGAACUGAGGACUGCCCUUAAUAAAGCCUGUGAGGAUUGAUAACUUGUUGCAGAGAUUCUAAGAUUUGAGUCUAUAUGACACGCU